GGCGAGCGGCAGAGAGAGGGAGGCAGGAAGCGGGCGGGGCCGGUCCUAUAAGAGACGCAUCGUCUUCCUGCUUCUGGCAUUUCUCUGCUGUCCUCCGUUUGCCUCAGACUCAGACUCUACCUGCACAGGAUGUCGUGGCAAUCGUACAUCGACAACAUGAGGACGCCUGACCACAGCGGGACGACGCCGGUGGCAGAGGCGGCGAUCUGCGGCACCGGAGCUGGACAGGAGAGCAUCUGGGCCAGUUCCCCGGGUCUGCAGGGCAUCACGGCCGACGAGAUCAAGAAGCUGGCCGGCAAGGAUCGGUCCAGCUUCGCUCAGAACGGCGUCUACAUCGCCGGGACGCGGUGCCGCCUGAUCCGGGACCAGAUGGACAACGAGCCGACCUUCGCCAUGGACCUGAAGACCGCGGCCGACGCCGACGGCAACACGUUUGGAGUCUGCGUGGGCAAGACCAACACAGCUAUCGUCAUAGCAAAGGGCACUAAAGACGCCACUGGCGGCCAGAUAUCCAACAAGGUGUUCAGUGUCGUCGAACAUCUCAGGAAAGUCAAGAUGUAAAUCCAACAUGGCCGCCACAUUCCCUCCUGCCUCCCUGACCCUUCGACCCCUCCCAGCUCCUUGUCCUUGACCUUCAGUCAUCGAAGCGUCUCCUCCAUGCAACGACCAAUCAGUGACUGUGUGUGUGAGGGUCACCUGACCCGGCGCUGACCCGGCGGGUCAGGCUGGUUCUUCAGCAGGGAGCCAGUGUUACAUGUUUCACCUGAACCCAAUAAAGAGUCCUGUUUAUUUUA